AUGUCAUCCGCGCUUUUGAUACCGGCAGCAAACAACUCGUCGGCUGACUUGCCUCUUUUUGGCAGCGAUGCAAUCAUCGACGUGCUCUCGGAGUUGGGAGUCUUGUACAUCGCCUUCGUCCCCGGUUCAUGCUUUCGGGGCCUUCAGGAUAGCAUUAUCAACUACAAAUACGAUCGCCAACCUGAAGUCGUGGUUUGCUUGCUGGAGGAUCAUGCCAUCGCUAUCGCUCAUGGGUUUACCAAGGUUCUACCCACAUCUCCCAUGGCCGCCGCCGUUCGUGAUGGUGUUGGGCUGAUGAACGCGUUUGUGGCAAUCGAUAAUGCGCACCUUGACCGAGUGGGAUUUCCCAUAUUAGGAGGGAAAGAACAUCUGGAUUCCACACGCCGCAAUUUACAGGCUGACGGGAUGCAGAAAACGGUGGAUGAAGCAGCACCCAUCAAACCUCUCAAGUUUUACGAUCGACCAGUGUCUCUCCAAGGUGCUCUUCAGAGCAUCAUCACUGCUUUUACAACUGCAGUACAAGUCCCAAGAAGCCCGACUUACGUUUGCCUUGGGGCUUCGCUUCAGGAAGAAAGGAUCCCAGUCCCGCUGGUGCAUAACCUUCCUAAGGUGUCGAGGUAUCUUGAUACCGUACGGAACUCCCCGCGACCAGCGCGCGUCGAUGUACAGCGGGUACAAGAAGCCCUUCUCGCAAGCCCCCCAGACGGCCGUCUCUUUCUUUAUGGCCGCGUCGGCAGGUCUCUAUCCUCCUGGAGUCAGCGCAUCAGUCUUGCUGCAAAGUACAAAGCCCAUGUCCUCACGGAUCUGAAGCUACCAUCAGCAUUUCCCACACCCCACCCGCUUCAUCCAGUCACUCCAAGUCUGCUUCUCGAUGAAGACGCCAUCCAGAUCAUUCGCGCGUCAGAGAUCAUCAUUGCGUUCAACUGGGUCGAUCUAUCAGGAACACUAAGGACAGCCUUCUCGGAAACAAGUGGCGAACCCCCGCAGACGGUCUGCGUCGUCAGUGUGACGCUUGAGCAGCCAUCUCCCUGCAAUUACUGGUCCAAAAACGCUGCCCAACCGCCUGUAGACAUAGCUGUCCAUGCUGACGUUGACAAGUUCAUUGAGGAGUUACUUGUCGCUCCCGAGACUGUCCCGAUUGAUGCUACAUCCCAAUCAACCCAUCAAAAUCAUGACCAUGUCGCGAGCCAGCAUCUCAUCCCUGAGACCAAGCCGAUAAAGAUUAAGACAGGGAGGAAUAGCACUUCGAACUCCAGCGGGAUGGAUGCAUCCUCAUCGUCCUCCUUAUGGAGGCGUCGAGCGUCUGGGUCCUCACAACCGUCUCCUCUCAGUCCUCUCACCCCAAUGGGUAUCGCAUUCUCGACGCUAAAUAUGAGGGAUACGCCUCAGAUUACCCUUAGGGACCUUGCGGUGGCCUUUUACAAGGUGCUUACACCAGCAUCAAUUUCCUUCCUCCGCUUGCCUCUCAAUUGGCCAAGAAAUGAACUCAUUCAGAUGCAUCCGUUCGCCCAUCUCGGACACUACGGUGAAUCGCGCACAGGAUUGGGACCCGGUUACGCUGUCGGCGCCGCGCUCGCCCUCAAACAUCUCGGUCGAUCCCCGCACAACCUUAUUCCAAUUGCUGUCCUGGACGAUGGUGACUUCCUCGCCGGCUGCCAGGCACUGUGGACAGCGGCAAACAAGAAGGUGCCUAUGCUUGUGGUUGUGAUGAAUAGCCGGGUGUUUGGAGAUGACCAACGCGCUAAGAAGGCAAUCGCUAAUGGGCGCGGCAGGGUAACACAAAACAAAUCAGGGAACGUGCUGCUGGCUGAGGAGCCUCUCGUGGAUGUCAUGACGAUUGCAGAGGGAUUCGGCUGUACCCGGGGCUCUCGGUUCCAGGUCGCCAGGCGCAAAGAGUUGGAGGGUGUUCUUCAUGCCAGUGCCGAGUUGGUCAGGCAUGGGAAGGUCGUGGUAUUAGAUGUUCUGGUCAAGUCUGGGGAGGAGGCAUCGGAUUAG